CAGUAAAGCGUUCCCUCAUCAAUCAUGGCGUCCUUCUACUUCCGCCCUUUCAGCUACGAGGGCGGAAGCUCUAGUUUCCAAUAUGGCGGUGCUAUUCUGAGAGACAAACUGCUGAUCUACACGGUGGAAAGAAUCAUGCCCCUGCAAUCGGUAGCGACCCGCGUGAUAUUCUACCCGACUUUGCUGUACAACAUGCUGAUGGAGAAAGUCUCUAGUCGGAAGUGGUAUGACAGGAUCGACGAGACGGUCAUCCUAGGAGCUCUGCCCUUCCGGGGCAUGAGUGAUAAGUUGAUUAAAGAGGAGAACGUACAUGGGGUCAUUACUAUGAAUGAGGAGUAUGAAACCAGACUGCUGUGUAACUCUUCUCAGCAGUGGGAAUCUCUGGGUGUGGAGCAGCUGAGACUCAGCACUGUCGACUUUACUGGAGUCCCAUCAUUGGAGAACUUACAAAAAGGGGUGGAGUUUGUACACCGACAUCAGGAAAAGGGCCACAGUGUUUACAUCCACUGCAAGGCUGGAAGAUCCCGUAGUGCCACCAUGGUGGCCGCCUACCUAAUAGAGAGACACCGAUGGAAUCCAGAUGUCGCUUCUGCCUUCAUAGCAAAUAUCCGGCCACACAUUUUGAUCCACAGCACACAGCAUCAAAUUCUGGAAACGUUUUACCUCUCCCUCACUGAUGCAGAACCUGCAAGGGGUGGAGGUUGACCUGAAGUUUAUCUGCGCAAUUUUCUACUUUAUUCAAAUCUAAACGCACAUUAGACAGUAGAAAGGGCAGUGACAGUGUGCUGCAACUCCGAGCAACCAAUAGAAUUUAAUUUAAAGUGGAUGUAAACCCAAAACAUUUUUUUUUUUUGUUUUUGAUGUCACAAUGUAGAGUAUUAGA